GUAUGUUAAAGCUGGUAGAAGCUAUAGAAGCUGAUAAAACCGUAAAAGAGCAUUGAAUUAAAAGUGCCGCGUAAGUGGCUUAAAAUAUAAGUAUUUGAUAAAUGAUAAUAAAUUAAAUACAAUUUAUGUAUCUACAGUGUUUAAUACACACUUGUUUAAACAAUUUUUGAUAUGGAAAAUAUACCGGGAAAUGAGAUCAGUUGAUGGCAAUUUAACUUCAGUAUAAUAAAGAUUAAUAAAAUAUAUGUUUUUAAAAAUAGAAUCAAGCUACACAACAUAGAAUGGAUAUUCAGCAGAUGUCCCAUCCAAUGCCACCUAUGAUGGGUAUGACAUCUAAUCAUCAUUCUCCAAAUAUGAUGGAACCACCAAAAACGCUACCUAGUUUAUUAAGCUUGAAAGUAACACCACCAACAGAAUUACAACAUCAAAAUACUGUAGAGGAUACAAUAAGAGAAGGAGAUAAUGAUACAGUUAAACUUCCAGCUGCUUUAGAACAAGCUUUAGCUUUUAAAACAGAAAGAGCUAAGGAAGUAGGUGGUGAUCCGAAUGAUAUGGUCUCUUUAGGAAAAUCCACUAAUGAUGAAUCUACAGGGGAAGAUGUUCCUCAAUUAGAAGAUAUAUUGGAACCAGAAACGACGAUUGAAAAAGUUGAUUCAAAGACAACUAAAAGUAAAAAGAAAAAAAAGAAGAAGAGGAAGAAGAAUACAAAUGAAAAGAAAGAAUUAGAGAAAAAGCAAGACCAAAUAGAAGAUAAUAAACCGAAAGAAGAUCUACCAGAGAUAGAAUAUAUUCAAGAAAUCCCCAGUAUAAAUGACUUGGAACCAAUGUAUCGUCAAUUUGCCAGAGUAUUUGAAGCAUUUAAAUUAACUGAACCAGAACCUCGUUCUAAUGAUGCAGGAGAUAAGGGUGAACCAAUUGGUCAGUAUCCUCCUGUUACCAAUAUGCAAACUGCGGGUAAUGUACCCAGUAAAAUACCACCUCUGGAUGACUUUGAUGACGAUGUAGGUCAACAACAGCAACAACAAGGUACCGGAGAAAAUGGUGCUCCACGAUUAUCUAAACGAAAACUCAAGAGAUUAACGCGACUAAGUGUUGCUGAAUUAAAACAGCUUGUAGGUAGGCCUGAUGUUGUAGAAAUGCAUGAUGUCACUGCCAGAGAUCCCAAGCUUCUUGUACAACUUAAGGCACAUCGUAAUACCGUACCUGUACCAAGACAUUGGUGUUUUAAAAGAAAAUACCUACAAGGAAAACGAGGUAUUGAAAAGCCUCCUUUUGAUUUACCUGAUUUUAUAAAACGUACUGGAAUCACGGAAAUGAGAGCAAGUUUGCAAGAACGUGAUGACACUCGUACUUUAAAAGCAAAAAUGCGUGAGAGAGCAAGACCUAAAUUAGGUAAAAUUGAUAUUGAUUAUCAAAAACUUCAUGAUGCAUUUUUUAAGUGGCAAACGAAACCACGUAUGACAAUUCAUGGUGAUCUUUACUAUGAAGGUAAAGAAUUUGAAACUAGACUUAAAGAAAAAAAGCCUGGUGAAUUGUCUGAUGAAUUACGCACAGCAUUAGGAAUGCCUGUAGGGCCGAAUUGUCAUAAAGUACCACCACCAUGGCUAAUUGCUAUGCAGCGUUAUGGUCCACCACCAAGUUAUCCUAAUCUUAAAAUACCAGGCUUAAAUGCUCCGAUCCCAGAAGGGUGUGCCUUUGGAUAUCAUGCUGGAGGUUGGGGAAAACCACCUGUUGAUGAGACAGGUAGACCUUUAUAUGGAGAUGUUUUUGGUGUAUCCCGUACACCAGGUGGUGAUGCUCUAGAUGAAGAAGUAGAUAGAGGUAUGUGGGGUGAACCCGAAUCUGAAUCAUCUGGAGAUGAAGAAGAAGAUGAAGAUGCAGAGGAAGGUGGAGAUGGAGAAGCAGAUGGAAAAGAUGGAGAUGGGGAUGCAAGUGGAUUGGUUACACCUGGUGCAGAAGGAUUGAUAACACCAAGUGGUAUUACAUCUAUUCCAGCUGGAUUAGAGACACCAGAAACAAUAGAAUUGAGAAAGAAGAAAAUUGAGAGUGAAAUGGAAGGUGGAGAUACUCCUGCAUUGUAUACAGUUUUACAAGAACGUAGAACAGAAGGUCUAGGUGCAAGUAUGAUGGGAAGUACGCAUGUGUAUGAUAUGACAGGUGCAGCAGGGGGUCAAGCACCACCCUCUGUCAUUGCUGCACGACGUGGUAUCAGUGGGACAACAUCUGAUGCAAGAACAGAAAAAGAUGGUGCCGUUGAAUUGGCAUUAGAUCCUAGUGAAUUAGAUCUUGAUUCUGAAGCAAUGGCAUCGAGAUAUGAGGAAACCAUGAGAUCACGACAAGCUCACCUUAGGAGGGAAGAUUUAUCUGAUAUGCUUCAAGAUCAUGUACAAAGACAAAAGAGUAAACGUAAACGACAGCAAACACAAGAUACAAAAGCUUCUAAAAAAUAUAAAGAAUUUAAAUUUUAAACAUUUUAUUAGAUUUCAGAGUAAGUGUUGUACUAAAGAAUUAACAAAUAUUAUUUAAGUAAAAAAAAACUUUAGAUUUUAAAUAAAAUAUUACUAUAUCAAAAGACAGA